UGCUUCCAACGCUGAAUGUACGUAUCUGUCAGAUCUUCCAAUAGCAAUGGAUGUUGAGAGACCAGAAACACAUGUAAAUAGGCCCUUUGGGAGUUUAGGUUGAGAGACGAGAAAAAUACUAGGGCAAUCCAUUUGAGAGAGAGCUUUGAGCCAAAAGCACCCCACGCACUAGCCGGACCGGCGAAAUGGUGGACUCGCUGCUAUACGGGCUCCUAGACCUGCGCAUGGCGGCGCCAUUGCUUGCAGCUGCCGUGGCGUUGUACGUCCUUGUCGAGCAGCUGUCCUACCACCGCAAGAAAGGGUCCCUGCCAGGGCCGCCGCUCGUCGUGCCGUUCAUCGGCAGCGCCACGCACAUGAUCCGCGACCCGACCGGGUUCUGGGAAAUGCAGGCUGCUCGCGCUAGAAAGUCCGGCGUUGGGUUCACCGCCGACUUCCUGGCCGGCAAGUUCACGAUCUUCAUCCGCGACUCGGAGUUGUCCAACCGCGUCUUCGCGAACGUCCGCCCCGACGCCUUCUUCGUCAUCGGCCACCCGUUCGGCAAGAAGCUCUUCGGCGACCACAACCUCAUCUACCUGUUCGGCGACGACCACAAGGACCUGCGCCGCCGUAUGGCGACCAACUUCACGCCGCGCGCGCUCUCCACCUACGCCGCCAUCCAGCAGCGCGGCAUCGUCUCCCACCUCCGGCGGUGGCUCGACCGGAGCGCCGCCAACGGCGGCAAGGCCGAGCCGAUACGGGUGCCCUGCCGCGACAUGAACCUCGAGACCUCGCAGACGGUGUUCGCGGGGCCGUACCUCACCGAGGAGGCGAGGGAGAGGUUCAAGAGCGACUACAAUCUCUUCAAUGUAGGCCUCUUGGCCUUCCCCGUUGACCUGCCGGGGCUCGCGUUCCGGCGUGCGAGGCAAGCCGUGGCGAGGCUGGUGCGCAUGCUCCGCGAUUGCGCGAGGGAGAGCAAGGCGCGGAUGCGCGCCGGCGGUGAGCCAGAGUGCCUCGUGGACUACUGGAUGCAGGAGACGGUGCGGGAGAUCGACGAGGCCAAGGCGGCGGGGCUGCCGCCGCCGGCGCACAUCUCCGACGACGAGGAGAUCGGGGGCUUCCUCUUCGACUUCCUCUUCGCGGCGCAGGACGCGUCCACCUCCUCCCUCUGCUGGGCCGUGUCCGCGCUGGACUCCCACCCGGACGUGCUCGCCCGCGUGCGCGCCGAGGUGGCCUCCCUCUGGUCCCCCGACUCCGGCGAGCCCAUCACCGCCGAUAAGAUCGCCGAAAUGAAGUACACAAAGGCUGUUGCUCGCGAGGUGGUCCGGCACCGCCCACCGGCGACGCUGAUGCCACACAUCGCCUUGCAGAACUUCCAGCUGACGGAAUCGUACACGAUCCCUAAGGGCACCCUGGUGCUCCCGUCGAUGUACGAGUCGUCGUUUCAGGGGUUCCAUGACCCCGACGCGUUCGACCCGGAGCGCUUCUUCUCGGAGGCGCGGAGGGAGGACGUGGUGUACAAGCGCAACUUCCUCGCGUUCGGCGCCGGCCCGCACCAGUGCGUCGGUCAGCGGUACGCGCUCAACCACCUCGUCAUCUUCAUGGCGCUCUUCGUCUCCCUCGUCGACUUCCGGCGUGAGAGGACGGAGGGCUGCGACGUGCCGGUGUACAUGCCGACCAUGGUGCCGAGGGACGGCUGCGUCGUCUACCUCAAGCAGCGCUGAGUCAAGUUGCCGUCGUUCUGAUCAAGCUGGUUUCCCGUCAUCUUCUCGUGUUCCGCUCUGUUUCUCCGCUCCUCUCGAUCCAUGCACGGCUCUACCCCACCACCUCGCCUGCAUGGCUGCAUGGGCGUUCCACAUCGCUGCAUGGGCUUGGGCAUCCCCUAUCUUGUUCAUUAAUAUUGGUCAAACAAUCAUCUCCCAUAACCAUUCCAUCUUCUCUUUAAUUUGCUUAAUAUAUUAAAAUUGCACACCAGUGUAGUUGCGGGUGGCACGUGUGCGUUUGCAUGCACUGUGUAGGUGGUCUUUUGCAUCAAGCGGUCUGUGUCUUGCGUGUCGUCCUUGUAUGCGUAACAGUGUAAUAACGUGCUGCUUGUAUGAAUAUUGUAAUUUGUGGUAUAUUUCGUUUGUUAGCACGCGCUCCAUGUAUGCUACUUCCUCCGUUUCAGAA